AUGGAAGACAAAUGGAUCGGCCUCGCCCUGGCCAUCACAUCAACUCUGGCCAUCGGCACCAGCUUUGUGAUCACCAAAAAAGGCCUCAACGAUGCGGCGGAUAAGCACGGGUUUGAAGGAGAUGGCUUUGCAUACCUCAAGACCCCUCUCUGGUGGGCGGGCAUCGGGUCGCUCGUCCUGGGGGAAAUCGCCAACUUCGCCGCGUAUGCCUUUGCACCCGCCAUUCUUGUGACGCCACUGGGGGCUCUCAGUGUAUUGAUUGGCGCGAUACUGGGCGCAUACUUCUUGAAAGAAGAGCUGGGCAUACUCGGGAGGCUAGGGUGCGCCAUGUGUCUGAUCGGGUCGGUCAUCAUUGUGUUGCAUGCGCCUCCGGACAAGGAGAUCCAGACGGUAGACGAGAUCCUCAACUAUGCGCUGUCAUGGGGCUUCAUGCUCUACUGCAUUGCAGCGGUCGCAUUCUCCGUGGCAAUGAUAUACGUAUACGCGCCGAAGUAUGGCAAGAAGAAUCCGCUCGUUUACAUCUCUAUCUGCUCGACGGUGGGAUCCAUCUCGGUCAUGUCGAUCAAGGCAUUCGGCAUUGCGCUGAAGCUCACGGCGAGCGGCAACAACCAGUUUUCGCACCCUUCGACUUAUGUCUUUGCCAUUGUCACCAUCGUGUGUAUCAUGACGCAAAUGAACUAUUUCAACAAAGCCUUGAGCCAGUUUCCGACCCAGAUCGUAAACCCGUUGUACUACGUUACAUUUACAACCGCGACAUUAUGCGCAUCCUUCAUCCUAUUCAGGGGGUUCAACACCACCGAUGCCGUCAACACAAUAUCGCUGCUCUGCGGCUUUCUGGUGAUUUUCACUGGAGUCUAUCUGCUCAAUUUGUCGCAAAAAGAUCCCAACGGGACUCACAUGAACGGCAAAGCCAUGGGCGAGGAUGCGAUACCCACCGACGCUUUGUCGGGUCUAUCGACAAGAAGGAGCAUGCAGGCGCGGCGGAGUCUCGACCCGCACAGGCGAAGCAGCAGCAUCACCUCGAAUUUCAGCCUGCAAGGCAUCCAAGUGCGGAGAAAUCCUGAGAGCGCAGGGCUGAUGCACAGCUACGAUGUCGAGCAAGGGGCAUUUGGCUUGUCAGACCUGGCCGAGUCACCGACAAUGGCCGAGCCGUCGAGUGCCAGUCGGCGGACAAGUGGAGAGAUUCGAACGUAUCAUGAUCGACCGCAUCAAAAGAGUCUGGAGCGGUAG